AUGGAUUCCCACACUGGAAUUGUACCCGAGUUUGUUCUCUUCUUUGAUUGCCCUGAAGAAGAUAUGGAGAAACGACUUUUGGGUCGCAAUCAGGGUAGAGAAGACGAUAAUAUUGACACGAUCAGGAAGCGCUUUAAAGUUUUUCUGGAAUCAAGUCUUCCAGUUAUCGAAUAUUACAACUCUAAGGGGAAGGUCCGAAAGAUUGACGCUGCCAAACCUGUUGGAGAAGUUUUUGAAGCAGUCAAGGCUCUGUUCACUCCAGUGGAUGAGAAGGCUGCAGCUUAGGUGUUGCUCUAACAUCUAUGAUCUCGUCUUCAACUAAGUUGUGUUGAUACUUGGUGUGGGGAUGAGAAGUUUGGUUGAUUAUAUGUAUUUUUACGUUUUUAAAAGUUAAUUGAUCAUCAUCAUAUCGUAUGGUGUCGAAUAGGUUAGAAGGGUAUUUUGUGAUUAUUUCUACCACUAUUUUUACCAUUCAAACAGUAUACCGCGAUGUUAAAGUGUCUCAUACUCGUGUUAUUCUCUAUUGAAAUUGCUAGUAAUAAAAUAUAUCUUAUUAUUGUUGUUGCA